AUGUCACAAUCGUCUCGAACAGCCGCGAUAACCUCGAAGCAAUCGCGAAUAUACAGUGACGAUGAAACACGGUUCAGCGAUUCCAGUGCGGCAAUCUCCUCUACUAUGCGACCGAGAAAUAAAAGAUUGAUCAGUACGGAACAGGAAUUGGUUAGCACGACCAGUCGAAGAAGUAGUCCUGGUGGAAGUAGUAGGGGUGUAAGCCCAAUCCCUUCAAGACAUCCUUCGAGGAGGGGAGGGGAUAAUGGCGAUCAAUCUGCUGGUAGUAUUUUAGGAGGGUCUGCGGUAGGGAGAGGGGACCAAAAAACAGGACCUGGGAAUGCUGGAACGUGGGGAAGUGGGUGGUCAAAUUCUUGGAGUACAUUACAAGGGCUUGCGAGUUCGGUGCUGGGGGAUCUGGAGGAUUUAGUGACUGAUGAAGGCGAAGGCAGUUCGAGGCAAACAGCAAGUUUGGAUAGACCUAAAGCGAGGAGAAAGGAUAACUCUGUGAAAAAGUUGUUUGAGCUACCUCAUGGUGCCUGGGGACCUGCGGAACAAAAGAAGAGGGAUGAGGCUGUUAUUGGCGCGGGGAGUCAAUCGGAAAGAGAUGCAGCUGUACGAACGCAGAAAAUGACAAGACUUCUCGAAAACCACUCGGAUUUAAAUGGGUCAAUUGAUACAAACGGGAAUUACAAACGGAGAACAUCUAUGGACGAAAUUACGACUGGAACACAAAAGGAAGAGAGCGAUGCACUGGUCUACAUACACCAUGUGAAGAAAGAGGAUACACUUGCGGGGGUUAUAUUACGGUAUAAUUGUCAGCCUAUGGUAUUCAGAAAGGCCAAUAGGUUCUGGCCACACGACUCUAUACAAACUCGACAAGUGGUUGUACUACCAGUCGACGCUUGCGCAAUCAAAGGACGCCCUUGUGAUCCAUCUCAGGAUCUGAGCCAAGGGAUUGAUCUGCUCGCUCCAACGCCUAGUUUAGAAGAUGCGCCGGAAGUAUGGCCACCGAGAUCGGAGACGCCGAUGGAGCGCCCAGAUGAAAAUCCGUGGGAGCAUGUACGCUGGGUUCUUUUAGAUUCCUCCCCGAAUUCUAAACCGGUGGAAAUUGCACGUAUACCAAGGAGAAGUUUGGGUUACUUUCCGCCACGGCGAAGAAAGAGUCAGAAUACAAAUUCUAUCACAUCUACCCCUCGUGGUUCUUAUGAUCUUCCACGCACGUCUCAAACGAUAUCGGUAUCAUCUGGCGAACCAGCCGGCAGUCCUUCUAGCACAGCUUCUCGGAUGACAAGCAAUCUAGGAUCACGACUCUCUCAAUCUACCAGUGGAAGCUACUUCCCGCCAAGUGUUGCGGCUAAUCGUCCCCGCCAUGAAAGCGUGAGUGAAGCUGCGGAUCGACUAGGGUGGCUUCGAGGACCUGGUGGGGUAGGAACAUUGGGGAAGAGUGUCACCACUCCAGGACCAGGACAGGAUCCUCUAAAUACAUGGGCGAGGAAACACAUACCCGGGAUCACAAUCGAUACCCUACCUUCAUCUUCAAUCCUAGAAUCCGAAGCAGUACCUUUUGGAUUUCGAGAUGAACUUACGAGUAUUGCUGAAGGUUCGUACAGUCCCGCGAGAAGUGGAUCAGUCACACCUAGUAAUUUGGGGGGCUCUGGAAUUGGUCUUGAGAAUGCAGCAGCGGCUAUUGAAGGUUGGGUUAGAAGAUUAGCUGUUAAAACACCCGGGGCGCCAUUACAUGGAGGUGGUACGUCAACGGACGGAUCGGGGGAUCUUAUUGAAUUGUUAGAUGGGGCUGGUAGUGAUGAUGGGAAAGGCUUUGAACUUUCUCCAGGUAAAUUGAGGAAUAGUUCACUCAGAAGAACUGGAACAGGAAGUUCGGGAAGAGAAGAUUUGGAGGGCGCGGUGAGGGGGAGAUUGAAGGGGGGUGGGGGUGUUAAGAGGGGCAAGAAAGAAUAG